AUGCUGACGUGCAAACAGGCCCUCUACACGUCCGUGUGUGUCAUGGCGACACUUUUCACUCUCGUGUCGCAAGGUCGGCACACGUCGUUGCUGACACCGGAACAACGGAGGACAAUGCCAGAAUCGGAGUUGUACGUUGUCCCAAAGUGUUUGAAAUUGCUGUGGGCACUCCUGCUAAGUUGUUGGGCCAGCUAUCUAUGGGAAUAUGGAUCGAAGAACUUCGUUGCUGGCAUGUGCAUCUACGUAUCGAUCGUGUGGACGUUGAAGUUUCACAUGCUGUUCUUCUACCGACGAUUGGUCGCGGGGCAGUGGGUAGAAAAGUUCAUCUUCCCGGUGAUGGGUCUCGUGGGCGCGACAGCAAUUGCGAUAGUCUUCAUCAUUGCCUUGACUUGCCGGCCCCUCUCUAAAAUGUGGCAGAUCCGACCAGACCCCGGAGACCAGGUUCUCAGUCUGGUUCGAGCCUCUGUCUGGCGUAAAAUUGGAGUAUACUUUCUCUUCGGACUCGGGGUCUUCUGUAUAAUGGCAGCUAUCAUCCGUGUGAUUCUGAUAUUUCACCCAACCGGACAAUUUGGUCCGGGCGCUAUGUGGUCUCUCCGAGAAGAUUUCGUCGCGAUCUUUGUUGGACAGGCCCCAAUGAUAGUGCCGCUUUUCAAAAAGAAAUUUUGGACACAGAAGGGGUAUCGGCAUACACCGAAGUCCAGUCAAAGAUCCGAUGGUAUCGAGAUGAGUAGCGGAGCGUCAAAUCCCAACAAAAAACCUCGGGAUCCUUUCAGCCUUACUCAACUAUGGUUUACACACAUCACAAACCCGACACGAGCAACGCAGAACACACAGACCGAUGUCACGGCAGUUGCUAAGCACAGUUCAGAAGCGCUUGCAGUAACGGAGGAAGAGAUCGCCGAACCAUCUCAAGACGGUAUUGCCGUCCAGGGAAUUAUGGGUGGGAUCGAAAAUGGAACCAAAAACAGCCUCGAGAUCUCUGUUGUACCUGUUGUCACGAAUCCAGACGCCGCAGGAUCAGUUGACGGGAAGAACGGAUAG